GUGAAUGAAUCAAAGAAAGCAAGACGACGAAAAGAGACUAGAGAAAUCCACACCGCUUCUCGUUUCUUACACUAAUAACACUAACAAUGCAAACUCUUCUACCGCCGGCAUCAUGCGCCGGCAGGCUCACGGCGGUUCCACUCUCAGUCUCAUCCAUUUCCGUCCCACGUCUUCCCCGAAGAGUUCUCAUCCCGAAUUCCUCUCCCUCACUCCCUCUCAAGCUUACCGCUUCUUCUCCCUUUUUCAGUUCCUACAUUUCUCACCGACCAUGGAACCUUCCCUUCACCGUAACCGCUUCUACCCAACCCUCUCCACCUUUCACUCCUUCCAACGAAGAAUCAGAAAAAGCAAAACUCGAUCAGGUUUCCAAGAGAUUGGAGAAAACGGCGAGGCAUUUUAAGCGUUUAGGUAGUUUAGGAUUUUGGGGUCAGCUAGUGUGCACCAUUGUAUCAGCUGUCAUACUGUCGUUUUCAGUUAUCGUUACCGGAAAAGUCACUUCUCCGGCAACAUUUUAUGCUACAGCCGGUGGAAUAGCAGCUGCAUUCAUUUCAGUGUUUUGGUCCUUUGGCUAUAUCCGGCUCUCCGAGAGGCUUCGCAAGACUGCAAACGAUCCUACCAAGGCACCCCCUCGAUCUGAUGUAGUGAAAAGCUUACAGAAUGGUAUAGUAUUGAACCUUUUGGGGAUGGGUGCUGCUAUUCUCGGUAUGCAAGCCACAGUUGGAUUCUUGGUUGCAAAGGCUCUAACUUCCUCUGCCAACCCAUAUUAUCAGGGGAUCGCUCCUGGUUCAAGCCCUGUUCUCGCGUUGGAUGUCUUUUUGGUGCAGGCUUCGGCAAACACAAUUCUCUCUCAUUUCCUUGGACUUCUUUUCUCACUAGAAUUAUUGAGAUCAGUCACAUUGCCGCCUUCAGAAGCUCUUCCAUUUCUCAAGUUUGCAUAAGCAUUUUAAGGCCCUCUUUGUUGGUGGUUGACAUCUUAUAUUUCCAAAUUGAAAAGAACCGGUUCAAUGUUGUUAAUAAGCGGGAAACAUGACAGCUCCUCAAGAAAUCAGGAUCCAUGAGCAGAUUAUCACAGUAGCGGGGGGUUCACCGCACUGUUGACAGUUUGGAAAUAAUCGUGUAAGAAUGGGGAACUUUCAAAUUGCAACUUUUGAAGCUGUUGUAUAUUAGACCUGUCAUGCAAUAUCAGUUUUUUUAAACUCAAAAUUACAUGUCUAUCUGUUUAAUAAGAGAUUGUGCAGGAUUGGUUUU